ACAACAUCCGGGGCCGUGGCCCGACAGUCACAAUAACAGCAACUGCGCAGAUGCGCGAUUCGGCGUGGGAGGCCGCUUCGCACCACAGCGCGCUUGCGCGCAGGCCCAAGCGGGCGUCUACCCACAGGGGAGGGAGGACGCCGAGUCAAAGUACCCCGCCAGCGUUGAGGCGCGGAACCUGAUCUGUCGGCUCAGAGCCCGAUCAGGAGCCGCGCACGCGCAAUCUGCAUGAAUGAAGGCCAGGGCUUAAAGACAUGCCAUUCAUUGCCAGAACUCGGUUCUCAUUGGAGUGGAUGAAGUUCGUGGGUGGAGCUUGUUUUUUCGCGCCUGCGUCUUGCGGCGAGCGGGCUGGCGUGCGGCGGAGUUGCGGGCGGGAGCGGCUGCAACGCCGGUGCCUGAGGAGCGAUGCCGAGGGAAAUCAUCACCCUACAGUUGGGCCAGUGCGGCAAUCAGAUUGGGUUCGAGUUCUGGAAACAGCUGUGCGCUGAGCAUGGUAUCAGCCCCGAGGGCAUCGUGGAGGAGUUCGCCACCGAAGGCACUGACCGCAAGGACGUCUUUUUCUACCAGGCAGACGAUGAGCACUACAUCCCCCGGGCCGUGCUGCUGGACCUGGAGCCCCGGGUGAUCCACUCCAUCCUCAACUCCCCCUAUGCCAAGCUCUACAACCCAGAGAACAUCUACCUGUCGGAGCAUGGAGGAGGAGCUGGCAACAACUGGGCCAGUGGAUUCUCCCAGGUCGUUUCCUAUUCCCUGACAGGGCCCACAACUCCCUGGGGAGAAAAGAUCCACGAGGACAUUUUUGACAUCAUAGACCGGGAGGCAGAUGGUAGUGAUAGUCUAGAGGGCUUUGUGCUGUGUCACUCCAUUGCUGGGGGGACAGGCUCUGGACUGGGCUCCUACCUCUUAGAACGGCUGAAUGACAGGUAUCCUAAGAAGCUGGUGCAGACAUACUCAGUGUUUCCCAACCAGGACGAGAUGAGCGAUGUGGUGGUUCAGCCUUACAAUUCACUCCUCACACUCAAGAGGCUGACGCAGAACGCAGAUUGUGUGGUGGUGCUAGACAACACAGCCCUGAACCGGAUUGCCACAGACCGCCUGCACAUCCAGAACCCGUCCUUCUCCCAGAUCAACCAGCUGGUGUCCACCAUCAUGUCGGCCAGCACCACCACCCUGCGCUACCCCGGCUACAUGAACAAUGACCUCAUCGGCCUCAUCGCCUCGCUCAUUCCCACCCCACGGCUCCACUUCCUCAUGACCGGCUACACCCCGCUCACUACGGACCAGUCAGUGGCCAGCGUGAGGAAGACCACGGUCCUGGAUGUGAUGAGGCGGCUGCUGCAGCCCAAGAACGUGAUGGUGUCCACAGGCCGAGACCGCCAGACCAACCACUGCUACAUCGCCAUCCUCAACAUCAUCCAGGGAGAGGUGGACCCCACCCAGGUCCACAAGAGCCUGCAGAGGAUUCGGGAACGGAAGUUGGCCAACUUCAUCCCGUGGGGCCCCGCCAGCAUCCAAGUGGCCCUGUCGAGGAAGUCUCCCUACCUGCCCUCGGCCCACCGGGUCAGUGGGCUCAUGAUGGCCAACCACACCAGCAUCUCCUCACUCUUCGAGAGAACCUGUCGCCAGUAUGACAAGCUGCGGAAGCGGGAGGCCUUCCUGGAGCAGUUCCGCAAGGAGGACAUGUUCAAGGACAACUUUGAUGAGAUGGACACAUCCAGGGAGAUUGUGCAGCAGCUCAUCGAUGAGUACCAUGCGGCCACACGGCCAGACUACAUCUCCUGGGGCACCCAGGAGCAGUGAGUCCCCCAGGACAGGGACCCUUAUCUGCCUUAUUGGUUGGCCCAGGCCCUGCCUGACUGACUACUCCUUCAGAGCACAGAUCAGGGACCUCACGUAUCUCUUUCUCAUAAACAUGCACUCUCUGUUGGCCUGUGAACACAUUUACUUCUCCUCUUAUAAGACUAUUUAUCUUUAAUAAAGCACUGGAUAUAAAUCAA